GCAGCCGGCGGGAGGCGGCGGGAACGGCGCGGCCGUGGGGGUGACUGACAUCCCGCCAUGUCCCGCUUCUUCCAGGCGCUCCGCCGCGCCGGCAGCGUCCGGACCCGGGGUCCGGGCGUGCAGGAGGCGGACGUGCUCCGGUGGGGGCUGACAGGCAUUAAGCUUCGUCCCUAUCAAUUAGAAGGUGUAAACUGGCUGGUGCAAUGCUAUGAAGUCCAACAUGGCUGUAUCCUGGGUGAUGAGAUGGGCCUUGGGAAGACUUGUCAGACCAUUUCUCUACUUCUUUAUUUGACAAAAAAAUUAUCCAACAAAGAGAGAUUUCUGAUACUUUGUCCUCUGUCAGUUCUCAGCAACUGGAAGGAAGAACUGGAGAGGUUUGCUCCGGGUCUUUCUUUCAUAACAUACAUAGGCAGCAAGGAAGAGCGACCCAAAGUGCAGGAGAACCUAAAAAAGGACUCUCACUUCUAUGCAGUCCUGACAACAUAUGAGAUUUGCCUGAAAGAUGCAACAUUUCUAAAGUCCUUUAACUGGGCUGCCUUGGUUGUAGAUGAAGCUCACAGACUGAAAAAUCAAAAUUCUCUGCUUUACAAGACACUUUCUGAGUUCUCAGUAGGCUUCAGCCUGCUACUCACAGGCACUCCAGUCCAGAACAGCCUCCAGGAGCUGUACUCCUUACUCAGCCUUAUUGAGCCUGACAUCUUUCCUAGGGAGCAAGUGAAAGAGUUUGUUGAGUAUUACCAAGUUAUUGAAAAGGAGAGUGAGCCAGCCAAAGAAUUGCACAGUCUUCUGCAGCCAUUUCUCCUUCGGAGAGUCAAGUCUGAGGUGGCUGCAGAGCUGCCAAAGAAGGUGGAAGUGGUUCUGUACCAUGGAAUGUCGGCUCUGCAGAGGAAGUAUUACAAGGCCAUUUUGACAAAAGAUCUAGAUGCAUUUGAAAAUGAAACGGGAAGGAAGGUUACACUCCAGAAUGUCUUAAUUCAGCUUCGGAAGUGUGUUGCCCACCCGUACCUCUUCAAUGGUGUUGAGCCAGAACCCUUUGAGAUUGGAGACCAUAUUGUUGAAGCCAGUGGCAAGAUGUGUUUGUUGGAUAAACUCCUUUCAUUCUUGUAUGCUGGUGGCCACCGUGUGUUGCUCUUUUCUCAGAUGACUCAACUGCUCGAUAUCCUGCAGGACUACAUGGACUACAGAGGCUACAGCUAUGAGCGGCUGGACGGCUCUGUUAGGGGUGAGGAGAGACACCUGGCCAUCAAGAACUUUGGUCAACAGCCCAUAUUUAUCUUCCUGUUGAGCACCAGAGCAGGUGGAGUUGGCAUGAAUCUGACAGCAGCAGAUACAGUUAUUUUUACUGAUAGUGAUUUUAACCCACAAAAUGACUUGCAAGCAAUAGCAAGAGCUCACCGGAUUGGGCAGCACAGGCCUGUAAAAAUUAUCCGUUUGAUCGGGCGAGAUACAGUUGAAGAAAUAAUCUACCGCAGAGCUGCCUCUAAGCUCCGCCUGACCAACGCCGUUGUAGAAGGGGGGCAGUUUGCUCUGGGAGCGCCCAAGCCUCAGGGAGCAGCAGAGUUACAGCUGAGUGAAAUCUUGAAAUUUGGCCUGGAUAAAUUGCUCUCCUCUGAGGGAAGUACUAUACAGGAUGUGGAGCUAGAAAACAUCCUUGGAGAGACAAAAGGAGGGCAGUGGAUAAUGGACAUUGUGCUGCCACAAAAGGAAGAGAAUGAAGAAGAGGAUACAGAGAAUCACAUGUACGUGUAUGAAGGCAAAGAUUAUUCAAAAGAACCCAGCAGAGAAGACAAAAAAGCAUUUGAUCAGCUUUUGGAUCUUCAGAAAACAUUGAUUGAAGAGACCAGUAAGGAAGGGAGAGCUCUUCGGAACAAAGCAAACGCCCUUCUCACAGGCCUACGGGAACAGUCAGCCAGGAGGAAGCACCUGCUGAGUGAAGAGGAGCUGGAGGCUCGGAGGAAGAAGCGCCAAGAAGCAGCAGCAAAGAGAGCAAGGCUCAUGGAGGAAAAGAAGGCAGCAAAAGCAGAGGCAGAACACAAGAAAAAGAUGGCCUGGUGGGAGGCCAGUCAUUACACAUCUACCUGCCUUCCUUCAGAGGAAAGUGGCUCUGAGGAAGAGUUUGAGGAGGAUGAGUUGGGGCAGAAUGUGGAUUUAGAUUACAAAGAUGCAGACCAGAACUAUAUCAAGUACGUCAUGGGAGAUGUAACCCACCCUCAAGCAGAAGAGGAAGAUGCCAUCAUUGUCCAUUGCCUAGAUGACUCCGGCCGCUGGGGAAGGGGUGGUUUAUUCACUGCUCUAGAGGCUCGUUCUGAUCAGCCAAGGAAUAUAUAUGAGAUGGCAGGAAAGAUGAAAGACCUGGAGUUAGGAGGAACCCUGCUAUUCCCUAUUGAUGAUAAAAAGUCCCGGAAAAAAGGACAAGAUUUGCUGGCCUUAAUUGUAGCUCAGCACCGGGAUCGGUCCAACAACUUGUCUGGCAUUAAGCUGUCAGCUUUGGAAAAGGGCCUGAAGAAGAUUUAUUCAGCAGCCAAGAAAAGGAAUGCAACAGUGCAUCUUCCACGGAUCGGGUAUGCAACAAAAGGCUUCAACUGGUACGGCACCGAGCGGCUCAUCCGAAAGCACCUGGCAGCACGGGGUGUGCCCACUCUUAUAUACUACUUCUCUAGGAAUAAAGGUUCCUCCUCUGCUUCACAGCCAUAUUCAUCUUCAACAACAGUCUCAAAACCAUGAAGAUGCAGUUAAUUUCACCAAGAACAUGUGCAAAAAGUGACCAUCACUCAGGCAGUCCAUGUGCAUUCACGUCAGAAACAUGGCUUGCACAGCCAUUAUUCACACCUGUACCUCUCUGCCAUGACUGGCCCCCCAAUAUUUGCAUGUUGUCAGUGGCUCUGGAGUGGAAUGAGACUCCCUCUAGCUUCAGAGUCCAGAGAGGAAGGAUGUUGGCUCAAUCCCAGAUCUGGUUUGGAGAUGGAAAAUUAAACUUUUAACUGAUGGUCCAUUGUUAUCCCUUACAUUAAGUUACUCUUAGCGCUUGGAACACAGUAUUGUUUGGCUGUAUUUCCCUGUCUCCUCCCUCCCUCUCAAAUUUCAUACCUUAUCUCACUGUACCUCUUUUCAAUCAGCUUUUUAGUGGUUAUCUGGCAUUCAGUCUACAUGUCCACAUAUAAGUCAGCAGAAAGGAACCUGUCAGCUGUAUGACAACCACACAGGAUAAACUGCUUAUACUCUUCUCAGAAAUCCAUUUGACUUGCAUUUGUUCAAAUAUAAAAUUUAGCUACCUAAUCAUGUGGUUAAAAUCAAGCAAAUUGCUGACCAGUAUCCUCGGCAAAGGUGUGUAAGGCUGCCAAAAUUUGAGACUGACUAUAAAUGAUACCUUUCCUUCUCCCACAACUCUUAUUUCAUUACACAGUUUUUUGUUGCAGCUGUUGGGCAAAACCGGUUCCUUACUGCUGUCUAAAAAACUGUGUGAAAGGUUCUAUGACCCUUUGAUUCACUUUUUAGUGCAGAGUUUUUGAUGUUGGCUUUGCUCUACUGCAAGAGAACUUUCCUGUUUUUCAAAUUGUUGACACUGUUGGCUUUAGCCAACAUACUUUAGGGUGUUUUUGUACAACCAGGCAAUAGUAGCUCCCCUAAUAAGUGCCGUGACCAGGGAGACUGUGAGGUGCCAAACUUAAUUCAAUUUAAAGUUCAUCUUCCAAUAGGAAAUCACCCCUAAAGUAUGUCCCUAACUAUCUCAUUGCCAACAUACAUCUCACUGGCUGCAUUUGCACUGCCUCUGUGGCACCAUCUGGUUAUUUAAUAGUUCCAGGCCUGCCAUGGCUCAUCAUGCUGACUGGUGUGCUCCACACGAGGAGAAGCCCUCCUGAGCUGUAUGCUCUAUCGUUCACUCUUGCUGUAGCAGACAACCCCACGGGAUUUGUUACCUUCUUUGACCCUGCUGGAGCUGAGGGCAGUCAGUGCUGUGCAGCACCUCUGUGGGUAAGACCUUUCUUGCAGCUGUUGCCAGGAACAGCCCCCUCUGCAUUUGGCAAAGUGCCUGCAGGAUCAGAGUCCGACUGUGAGGACUUGGAAGGGCAAGAGGUGGUGAGUGGAUGUACCUUGUUUUCCCCAGUCUCUCAAACUGGCCCUCUUCCAGCAGGCCGGCUGGUGGCACUGUUAAUCAGCUGCAGCAGCUCACGGUGCUUCUCCAGCCUGGAAAAAGUCUCCCUCUUUCCCAGAAUUAAAAACACCAAUUACGCUUUUUUCUUUGGCAGCUUGACUGAACACAUAAUUUCAGUCUGCAGGCUCAAGGCUCUGUUCCUCCAGCUCUUCUUUUUCCUGCAUGUUUAUUGCCCUUCGUUAAAAGCUUUCAUUCCCAAGUGUUCCAGUGUGUGCAGUCUUGUUCCUCAGCUUCACGCACACCUAGGGGUUCUCUGGCCACUGGGCAGUUGCACAUGAACAGGAUUUCUCCUGUGGCUGGGUCCACCAGAACAGACUGAAGUGUCUGCCCCCACUAUGGCCAGCUCUUCCUUUUUGAGGCCUCAUGCUGUCCUUUGUUUCAUCCUCCGUGCCCCCAUCCUGCUGUGACUGACUAGAACUACAAGGGAGAGGAGGGCUGCCUGUUAGUGUCUCUUACCCCUUAAGAUAAGGUCUGCAGGGAGCUGCGAGGUACCUGUAACACAGAGGAGAGGGCAUGGAAUGCAGAUUUUAGUCCUCUAACUCAGGGACAAGUAAAUAAAUUAGGUUCCUUUCCUCUCUCGUCCUUUUCAACUGUACGGAUGGAAUCUACCUUAUUUUUUUCCCUUAAGUAUACUUAGGAAAUGCUUCUGGAGUGGGGGGAUUUUGUUGUGGGUUUUUUGCUUUCUUUUUUUUUUUAAACAAUAUUCUUCAGUAUUCUUUAAAUCACCUGAACCCAAAGAAAAGCUCUACCUCUGUCUGCUUUGAAACGGAAGUGAGAUUUCAACUGAAUCCUGAACUGGGUUUUGCAGAAUCUCAGCCAAGUGAAGUUUUUCUAGUGUUUGCUACCCACCACCAUUUCUCUUUAUUUGGGCAGAAAUUGUGUAUUUCAGAUAAUUAAUUCCAUAAAGGGCUCAGCAGCUUUUAUACAAGUUGCUAUACAAAAUAAAUGUCAUGCUGUUUCUUCA